CCCGGGCCCCGCCGGACGGACAGACGGACACCACACAGAAGCGGGGGCGGCCGCCGACUGAGCCCGGUGACCCCGCUGACCCCGAGGCCCAAAGCAGCACCCUUUUCUCCCAGGUGUUUGGUUCUUCAGUCCCUGGAGGAAGAAGAGCAGGGACGAAGAAUGGAGGUGACGUUCGAGGACGUGGCCAUCUUCCUGACCCGGAGGGAAUGGGAGAGCUUGACAAGCGCUCAGAGGAAGCUCUAUAGGACCGUCAUGUUGGAGAUCUAUGGACAUCUACAGUCACUGGGAGCUGGGUGUCCAAAGCCUCAGUGUAUCCACAAACUGGAGAAGGGGGAAGGUCCGUGGAUUCCCGAACCUCCAUCUCACCACAAGAGGACUUUCCCCAAAGAGGCCUGGACAGAAGAAAUCAGGGAAGAGCGAACGCCCAGAACAGCGUUGACAAGAUCCUGUGGAAACGACUGCCACCAUCCUCAGAAGGGAAGAUCCCUGGAAAAUCAGAGGGGAUCUUGGAGGAAGCAAGACGCUCCGGUAGAGAGGAGGGGGAUGCAGAAGCUAGUGCCCAUGGAAGAGGAGCCCUUUGAACACCUUGAGUGUGGGAGUCCAGAAAACGGCGUCGCGCACGCUGGAGAGGAGCGCUUCAAGUGUGAUGUGUGUGCCAAGCGCUUCAGAAAGAAGAGACACCUCGCCGGCCACAUGAGAGUGCACAGUGGAAAGAGACCCUUCCAUUGUCUGGAGUGCCAGAAAAACUUUAAGACCAAAGGAAAUCUUCGAGCGCAUAUGCGAGUGCACACGGGAGAGAAGCCCUUUGAAUGUCUCGAGUGCGGGAAGGCCUUCUGCGAGAAGUACACUGUGAUGAUGCAUGAGCGGAUUCACAAAGGCAUCAAACCCUGUGUAUGUCUCCAGUGUGGGAGAAGAUUCAGAGAUAAGAAAGCUGUCACUGGCCAUAUGAGAGUCCACACUGAUGAAACACCCUUCCAGUGCCUGGAGUGCCAGAAGCACUUCAAAAGCAGAGAAAAUCUUAGACGGCAUAAGCGAGUGCACACGGGAGAGAAGCCCUAUGAAUGUCUCGAGUGUGGCAAGGCCUUCAGCCGAAAGACCAGCCUGGGGCUGCACGAGAGGACUCACAGAGGCGUCAAACCCUGUGUGUGUCUGCACUGCGAUAGAAUUUUCAGACAGAAGAAGAGUCUCAGUAUCCACAUGAGGGUCCACACUGGAAAUAAACCCUAUCAAUGUUGGGAGUGCCCGAAGAACUUCAAGACAAAAGGAAGGCUUAACUCGCAUCAGCGAGUGCACAUGGAAGAGAAGCCCUUUGAAUGCCUUCAAUGAUAAGAGCAAUCUAGUGGUUCAUGUGAGGAUUCACACAGGCGUCAAUCCCUAUCUGUGUCCUCCUUGUGAGAAAAGCUUCAGGUUCCAAAACCAGUUGGUGACCCACAUGUGAAUUCACACAGGAGAGGAGCCCUAUAAAUGUGAUGACUGAAAACUUUUAGCCAGAUGGGGAGUCUACCUGCCCACAAGAGAAUCCUAAUAAACAGGGAAAGAUCUAGGCCCUGGGAUUGGCCAGGAUGCUCCAUCGCUGCAGUUGGACUGAUUCCCUGUUGCCCCUGCAUCUUUGCCAUAUCGUGAGGAAAGUUGUUUUGUAGCAUGGCCAAAGUUCCCGCUGGCUUGUUCUCUUUUUUUAAUGCUGUCCAUAAAGCAUCUCUCUUGGUCA